AUGUCUUGGGAUCGUGACGACUUAGAUAAGAAGGGCUUCUUCUUCGAUGACUCUAUCCGCACUACGAUUCCGUGGGCCCCAUUCCCGCCCCACGUCGAAACCCUCCGACAGUUAAUGCUAGACUUCACAUGUCAAGACUUCGACGUGACUUCUGAAGAAGAUGCCGCCAUACAGCAUGAGGCUAAGAGAUACUCUGAAGGUGGGUACUCUGAGAGUGAUUGGGAAGAUUUCUUUCGAAAAAACUUCUUUGACCUACUUGUCCAAACGGCCUCAGGGUCACCGAAAGACUCACGCAGAGUUUCACGAUAUAAGUAUUACUACGAUACGGUCGUAUUCGACACCGACGCUUUGUGGGAAACCUUCAAUGGAAAAGGUGACGAGGUCGACGAUUCAACAGUCCGCCGAUUCGAGACUAAUUACCGACUAUAG